UGGCUCUAGGUGUACGUGUAUUUCCGGGUUGACACAGGACGAUCCUCAUCAUUAGAACAACGAAAGCACAGGAGGACACACAGUGUCCGAGCUCGGAGCUCCACUAUACUCGACUAUAUUCUUACGAACCAGACUAGACGAAAAAUAGCCACAUUAAUAUAACAAAUCAGUAGUAAAGGCAGCAGCAACAGGAAGAGCUCUGGAGGCCACUUGUGAUGUACUCAAGUUCCACUGAUAAAGAAACUUCGAAAAGUUAGAUAUGGGAUCAAGGACGAAAGAAUUCGCAAAUUACUCCAAACUGUCCCGCAUAGAAGAAGAGAUUGGCAAAUUCAGAAAUGGCGCCGUCAAAAGGAAAAAGGUCACCGCGCAUGCACAAAAUGGCGGUGAAAUUCAAAGUUCAGAGAAGAAGACAUCAAGAUCAUCGCCACAGGCCUUUCAUGCCCCUGAUGGAGGUUAUGGAUGGUUCAUUCUACUUGCUGCUCAUUGUACGCUCAUCUUCAGGGAGGGGAUUGCUAAGUGCCUUGGUGUAUUCCUACCAACCUUCCGAAGUUACUUCGAUGUGUCCACGUCUCUGAUUGGUUGGAUUAGUUCCAUCUGUGUCACGUUUGCUGAUUUCACAGGUUUGAUAAGCGGUCCUUUAUGCAGACGCUUUGGAUGUAAGCCUGUCGCUAUGGUCGGGGGUUUCUUUGCUGGACUCGGCCUUACACUUGCUGCUUUUACGGUCGAAGUCAGCCAACUCGCAAUAUGUCUAGCGAUUUCAGUAAGUUAUCAGGCGUUCGAUAUGGCGCCAAAGAUUACGCUGAUCACGGGCUGCUCCUCUGGCAUUGGUCUUGCUACAGCUGUGAAGCUUGCCCGGGAAGCUGCGAAAGGGUAUGUGGUGUACGCCACGAUGCGCAACCUAGACAAGCGGAGCGAGCUGGAGAAGGCCGCAGGACAGGAGCUCAACAGUACCCUGUUCGUUCUCGAGCUCGAUGUGACGAAACACGACACGAUCACGGCUGCGGUGAACACUGUGAUAGAAAAGCACGGUCGUUUGGAUAUUUUGGUCAACAACUCGGGUAUUGGCAGCUAUGGUCUCCUUGAAGACACCACCUUUGAGCAGAUCAGAAGAGUCAUGGAAACUAACUUCUUUGGGGCCGUUAGGAUGACCCAGGAAGUGAUUCCUAUUAUGAAGAAGCAGAGGUCAGGGCGUAUCAUUAACAUCAGCAGUACCACCGGUAUAUUUGGUAUCCCUUACAUGGAGAUCUACUGCGCCUCUAAAUAUGCACUGGAGGGUUUUUCCGAGAGUCUAGCGGCCACCCUUCGACCUUACAAUAUCUGGGUGUCUACUAUUCAACCUGGGCCGGUCCAUUCCAAAUUUGGCGAGAACUUGGCGGUCAAUGACCUCCCGACUUUCGACUUUGCCCUUCAACUUGACCCGAGUGACCCGGUUCGAAGGUCGGUCGAAAAAUGCUCUUCGGUUCUUCGUAAAGGUUUUGAUAACCCUCAGGAACCGGGAGAUAUAGCAGACGUCAUCCACAGAGCAAUAACAGACGACAGGCCUCAUUUUCAAUAUCCGACAAGUCAAUUUCGCGCCCAGUACGCAGCCAAAAAGUUUGUUGACCCUUCAAAUGAUGCAAUGGUAGAAUACUUUGCUGAUGCAUGUACUCCAUGAGAUGCAAAGCCCCCCCCCCCCCUCUUCAUAUUGGAAUGAUGUCAUAUAUAUCAUCACCAAAAGACGAAGGGUCUCUUUGUAACCAUGGUUACGAGCAGGGUGUUGCUAGGGGAGGGUUCAGGUUACACAUUGACCAGUCUCUUCUUUUUUUUAUUUAAUUAUUUCUGUCGAAAAGAUGUAUUAAGGAGACCGUAUUAGCGACAUUUUUUAAAAACAUUUUCUUUGCACCUGUCAGGAAAUUUAGAAUUAAUUGUACUUGACAUCUUUAUCAAGGAUUUGUUAGAAAGUGAUAAUCAAAUAAAGAAGAGUGAAAUCACUUUUGUUGGGCCAGUACUUUUACUUUGAAUAUGACGGAAUGAUGUAUGGCCAAACAAAUUUUUGGGAUCAAUUUAUUAUGUCCUCCUAUAUUUAUGUUGCAUUAACACAAAAUGAAAAGAAAACAAACAGACAUAUAAUUUCCGACUACUAUUAUUUAAGAUCGUAUUAUAUAAUUUCUAGGCUGUUUGAUUAAAGGCAAUAUGAUUUAUUUUAUACCAAGUAUAAAGGAAACCAUAAACUAACAUCAUAUAUUUAUGUUACAUACAGAUAGAUCUCUGAAGAUUUGUGAUUAACGUCAUCUUUUGUUGUAUAUUUUCUCCCUCUUUUUUCUCGUUAUCGGUACCACCUCAUCAUUAACAUUAGACCUUAUAUUUACUUUGAAUUGUAUACUUUUCUUUUAUCAUUGGGGGUAGUCCUCGACAAAUCAUUUUUGAUUUUUGACUACCCCUUCUAUAUUUGCUGAUUUUCUUUUUUAAACAUACAUUCUUCAAUAUGUA